GCUGAACGCUCUGUCUUUGUACGGCCCUAUCGUCUGGUGUCUGGCCUGCUUGACAAGACAGAUCUCGGAAGUACGAUCCUUGAUGAUGUAUUGCUCGACUUACUCUGCCUUAUUGUAGAGGCCCAUUACAAGCUAGCCCAGAGGGCAAUUUGGUUGGUGUCAGGUGAGCUCGGUCAGCCGGGCCUGUCAGGAAGCCAACAAAAUUCUCAAAGAGACAUAGGCGAAGAGAAAAGUUGGCUCCAUGUGCCGGAGAAUAUGCGCGAACUUCUCGUCAUUCAAGCUGCUUCGCGCCAAAAGGCCGGUUUAGCCGGGAAAGGGCCCAAAAUGGCUCCAGUUUCUUAA